CUUAAAUUUCCCAAUACUUCCUGUGCAUGCAUAGUUCAGUCAACGACGAAUAUACGUAAUAGAAACGCGGCAACGUUCGGCAAAGUUCCAGGUUCCUCAGUGAAGCGAUUUCUACAAUUUAUCGCCGAGAGGUUAUAACCGGGUAUUUCGAUACCUCAUUUCAUUCCACAGUAACAGAUAUAUUUAAAAAAUGACCGAUCAGGUGAACCCGAAAGCAUACCCGCUGGCCGAUGCUACUCUGACAGCAAAGAUCUUGAAUUUGGUUCAACAAGCAAUGAACUACAAGCAGCUUCGCAAAGGAGCAAACGAAGCUACAAAGACUCUUAAUCGAGGUCUAUCAGAGUUUAUCGUGAUGGCUGCAGAUGCAGAACCUCUGGAGAUCCUACUCCACCUUCCGUUACUCUGCGAAGACAAGAAUGUUCCCUAUGUCUUUGUUCGUAGCAAGCAAGCACUCGGACGAGCUUGCGGAGUUUCCAGACCCGUGGUUGCUUGCUCGGUAACAGUAAAUGAAGGAUCUCAGCUUAAGCCACAGAUUUUGGCUAUCCAACAAGAAAUCGAACGGCUAUUAGUGUAAAGGCUGUAAUAAAAGACCUCCGGGAGUACCUGAUUCUAAAAAUUAAAACACCGCGGAAUAAAUUCGCAUAUUUUUCUACGCAAUCCUGUUUUGCUUCUUCGUCCGAGGAAGUCUACCAGAAAUUAUUUCAACGAAAAUGAAACUGAUUUAUAUGCAUAUGUAUAUGUAUAACAUACAUAUUGUAGAACUACAAAUAAUUGUAUUAUUACCAAUAUUUGAAUAUUAUACCCAUUUCUUUCAAUACCAUCUGCCGCAACCAUUUACAAAACAUUUUUGUGAAUUCGGAAGGUCAGUAAAUAAAUGAAACUUUGUAACAAAAAACAUAAUCUUUUAACUACCUUUCUUUUUGUAAUGUCGCUCUACCAGUCAUGUGAUCAGUAACUUUGCUCAUGGCUCGGCCUUUCAUGAAUAUGACUUUUCAAACUUGGAAUAAUUCAUGCAUUUCACUACAAAGAAAAAGAAACAUCUAGAAUUAAUGGCAACUGUUGUCGCAAACGAAAAUGAGAACAAUGAAGGUUGGUUGUAAUUUUUAAAUAAAUACUGUAUUGGUUCAAAUAUAA